UAGAACGUAGAUCAAGAGUGGAACGGGCUUCCACAUAGCCACUAUGCCCGCUCCAGUAGAUCCUGUGAAGCUGCCCAUCUUCAGCGAUCCAUGGGUGGUUUCGGCUACUCUGCUCGGCUACCUGCUGAUUGUCCUCGGAGUGGGUCCCAGACUCAUGAUGAACCGAAAGCCCUUCGAUCUGCGUGGCGUUAUUAAGGUCUACAAUAUCAUGCAGAUCGUUUACAACGGUGUGAUUUUCGUAUUAGGAUUCCACUUCCUCUUCGUCUCGAGGGCCUACAGCUUGAGCUGCUUCAAGCAUCUGCCGAUGGACCAUGAACUGAAGGAUAGGGAGCGCUUCAUCACCAGUUGGUAUAUGGUCAAUAAAUUCGUAGACCUUGUGGAAACUGUGUUCUUCGUUCUGCGUAAAAGGAAUAGGCAGAUAUCGUUCCUGCAUGUCUUUCACCAUUUCUCCAUGGCAUUAUCCGGUUAUCUGUACUAUUACUUCUUUGGAUAUGGCGGCAUCGCGUUUCCGCUGUGCUUCCUAAACGUAGCCGUCCAUGUCGUCAUGUACACCUACUAUUACCUCUCCUCGAUCAGCCUGGAGGUGCAGCAGAGUCUGUGGUGGAAGAAGUACAUCACCCUCGUCCAGCUGGCGCAGUUCGCGUUAAUCAUGUCCCUCUGUAUGUACACGCUAACGGAUCGAAACUGUAGUGCCAACAAGCCGUUGACAAUUGGAUGUGGUCUUCUGGCCGCCUCAUUCACCGUGCUGUUCUGCCAAUUUUAUUUCAACACCUACAUCCGAACUGGCAAGAAGAAAUCGAAACAGGACAGCCAUUAACGGUUCAAGUCCUUACAGGAUUAAGUUUAAGAAGAAAAACCCUUUAAAAUUGUAUAUUCUCUUUGAAACUAGUUGGUGGGCAUAGCGCAAAUAAAAAUUAAAGAC